AUGACUGCUAGAGAGCUACGAGCUCCUCCCCGCUGUCUGCAAGGAGCUGAAGGGAAGUGGGUUGGAUGGAUUUCCGGAGUUCAGCGCUCUCAUCCCAAGAAGGGCCAGAAACUUAGCAACCCUGCAGUCACAGAAACGCUAAGUGGGAGUGUUUCCGGGGCGAGUGGACGCACCUCUUGCCCCGCUCCCCCGCCCCGGCCUCUACACUCACUCUCGCUCAUUUCUCUUCGCAGCGGCUUAGCCUCUCUGCACUCUAGAAUUCACCCCGAAGUGCUGCCCGUCCCGCAGUCUCAGCCCUCGGGCCACUCAGCGCUUUGCGCAGGUUCUGCCGCAUUGACCUCAGCCAGGCUCCGCUGGAUUUCCACAGCCGCACUGCAAGGGGCGGGGCCAGGGGGCGCGCUGCGCCGAGACUCCCUUUUGAUUGGGAGGCGGAGCCGCGGUUGGUGGAGCGCAGCUGCCGGCGUGUGUGCCCGGGCAUUGUCUCGGGCGGCAGGGCGGCAACCGAGCUGCAGCGGAGCGGCGCCAUCCUGUGGAGGAGCCAUGAAGCACUACGAGGUGGAAAUUCUGGAUGCGAAGACGAGGGAGAAGCUGUGCUUCCUGGACAAGGUGGAGCCUCAGGCCACCAUUGCUGAAAUCAAGAAUCUCUUCACCAAGACGCCAGACCCGCAGUGGUACCCUGCCCAGCAGUCCCUCCGCUUGGACCCCAAGGGAAAGUCCCUGAAAGAUGAAGAUGUGUUGCAGAAGCUUCCUGUGGGCACCACAGCCACACUCUUCUUCCGGGACCUGGGGGCACAGAUCAGCUGGGUGACGGUCUUCCUGACUGAGUAUGCUGGGCCCCUUUUCAUCUACUUGCUCUUCUACUUCCGGGUACCCUUCAUUUAUGGCCACAAAUACGACUUCACGUCCAGUCGGCACACAGUGGUGCACCUCGCUUGCAUCUGCCACUCAUCCCACUACGUCAAGCGUCUGCUGGAGACCCUCUUCGUGCACCGCUUCUCUCACGGAACCAUGCCCUUGCGAAACAUCUUCAAAAACUGCACCUACUACUGGGGCUUUGCUGCAUGGAUGGCCUAUUACAUCAACCACCCUCUCUACACACCCCCUACCUACGGAGCCCAGCAGGUUAAGUUGGCGCUGACCAUCUUUGUGAUCUGCCAGCUUGGCAACUUCUCCAUCCACAUGGCUCUUCGGUCCAAAACCAGGAAGAUCCCAUAUCCCACCAAGAACCCCUUCACCUGGCUAUUUCUGUUGGUGUCCUGUCCCAACUACACUUACGAGGUGGGGUCCUGGAUUGGCUUUGCCAUCAUGACGCAGUGUGUUCCAGUGGCCCUCUUCUCCUUGGUGGGCUUCACCCAGAUGACCAUCUGGGCCAAGGGCAAGCACCGCAGCUACCUGAAGGAGUUCCGUGACUACCCACCCCUGCGCAUGCCCAUCAUCCCUUUCCUGCUCUGAGCAGUUCUCAUGGGCUCAGCCAGGAGCACUCUCUACCCAAUGCCCCUCUGUCCUGGGGUGAUCGUGGCUCUCUAGCAGCAACAAUAAAUCUGCUUACCCAGCUGG